AUGUAUUGGCAUAUUGUUCUGAUAAUUUGUACACAUUUUAUCCAUUGUAAAAUAAAUUCUCCUCUAUUCCCUAGUCAACCUGUUACUGGCCUUAAUAGACAGUCUAGUAGACAAUACCCCUUUACCUUUGCUAGGCAUGGUAAUAGGCACUCUCCCUUCCCUGGGUACCCCCUAUUUAUCAAACAAAGAGAUGACCCAGGUGAACAAUUACAGGAUCUGCCCAACUAUGAUGAUGCGGCCUUGGAUUACUCAUACAUGACCAAAAAUCGUAACGCUAAUCCCAAUGAACAGACAAACGCCGAAGAACCUAACACUGAGGUCUCCAAUGACAACGCUCCUGAACUAGCAAAAAACCAGAUAGCUAGUCAGGGACAGGCCGGUACUUUUGGAGAGAAUAGUGGCAACAUGUCUAACAAUACUAAUUCUAAUAACACUACUACUAAUCACUACCACAACGGUGAACCUAACAAGGGAGCCUCUACAACCUUACAGGGUGAAACAUCUGCAGCCAGGUUGAAGGACGACGUGCCUUUAGGUGCUAUGCAAAGUCCAACAACCAAUUUGAAUAACACAACAGGUAUGUAUUGGUUAAUGGUUAAACGUUUCUUUCUGGAUAGUAACGCAUCACAUCAUAAGGGCGAUACUUCGACUUUUGUAACCAAUAACUUUUACAACCCUCCCACUCCUGGAGACCAGAACACACUAACCGUUGGAGGACAACUGGAAUACGAGUACCUGUGGAAGCGCAUUUAUGAUAUAGACAAUAAAUUGGCGCAAUUAACUCCCAUAGUUAAACAGGCGAAUCCUGAAAGAAGAAAAGGACUAAUCAUUACGUUUGACCCGGACGAAAGGGGAAAGGUCGAUGUGGAGAGCAAUCCAACUCCUGUUUGA